UGUGCAACCAGCCUGAUACACGGCUGAAUGUUGGAUCUUAAAUUCUUGGUUAGAUAGCUUUUUCAAAUUGUUUUCGGAUCCUCCAUCGUCUUUAAAUAAUUUCCGUGUUACAGUGUUGCGCAUUUCCGACUUCGCUUCAUCAAUUUUCGAUCUUUCCUGACUUUGUUUAUUCGACUUUCGAAUUUGUAUUGUUGUUUAUUUAUAAGAAGUUGCCUUGAAUUUGUUGCGAGUCCAAGACUAAUUACAGAAAAAGAAGGUGUUUUUGUAAUCGUGAUAUUAAUCAAUUCAACACGAAUCACAGAAAUUUAAAGAUCAUAGAGGAAGUAAUCAGAUAUGAGUUUUAGACUUCUCUCUGAUAUGAAUUUGUCGAAAUCGAUACGUGAUUGUAAAUACAUGUACUAAAUAGAAUAACGUGCAUUUUGUGUAAACAACAUCAUAUCACAUAUCAGCAUGUGUAUGAUAUUUAUCAGAUGAAUAAUUUGAUCAAUUGUAGUCCACAUUUUGAAUUCAUGAUUUUCCAGUCUUACAAAGUCUGUACGAAACAAUAAACGAUCAUGAAAUUGCACUGCAACGUUGAGAUCUAUGACCGAUCGUUAUCGUCACAGAGAAAAUCCCAACGUUCAAUCUUGGCGUUUGCAAAGAGAUCAGACAAAGAUGUGUGCUUGUAUUUGCAAAUGCGACAGAACAAACAAGGCAUCAAGUACCAGAUUGUUAACAACAUACGGUGUGUAUUCACAAAAUUUAUCACCAAUGGCAAAGCUACAAUAAGAUUGCAGCAACCCUGUCAUGAUUUGAUUAUUCAGAGUGAUCCGAUUCAGUUAAAAAGUUUCCUUCAUAUAUUGCAUCUUAUAGCAAAUGGACAUACUCAACAUAUAGAAGCACAUACUUUCAUGUCUACGGAGACUUUCAAUUUGACUCAAUUUUCUUUGGGAAAAACAAAGUUUGAGAUAAAGAAAAAAUCUGAGUAUCCUGUUUUUCAGGGUUUCCCAAAAACGACAGAACAACUCAUUUUGAGUGGAUUAGACAGAAAGUCCUUUGACCGACAAAUUUUAUAUCUGCAAAGUUUAAAACAUCUAGAUUUGUCUGACAAUAAGAUUCCCUUUUUGCCAAAAGAACUGGGCACACUGCCUAAUCUUCAAAAUCUUCUAUUGGCACGGAAUAACUUUGGAAAAUCAUCUCGAUCUAAAUGGACAUGGUUGGAGCAAACUCCUAUUCAGAACAGUUUGCGUUUCCUAGAUUUAAGUGGUAAUUCACUGACUGAAUUGCCAAUACAAAUAAAAAAUUUGAAUGCUUUAAUGGAACUUAAGGCUCGUGAAAAUAUGUUGACACAUCUACCACAUAAUAUCGGAAUUCUGCGAAAUCUGAAAUCUUUGGACUUGGGAAAAAAUAAUUUGUCAUAUUUACCAGGAAGCAUCACGUAUCUAAAAUUGCGGCUUUUAAAUAUUACAGAGAAUAAAUUACAAAAUUGUAAUACUGAAACUUAUAUUCGUGGUCUUAAAGAUGAAGGAAGCAAGAGAGUUCCAAGUCUUGUCGAAUGGUCAGCUAAAUGUAUCCUGAAAUUUAGAAACAUAACAUAUGAUGCAAGUAUAAUACCAUAUACAUUAGUGGAAUAUCUGGAUGAAGCGAAAUACUGUCAUAUGUGCAAAAACGCCUGCUUUGAUCACUAUGUAAGAAAGUUUAUACAGCUGCCAUUGUCGUGUGUUGAAUUAAGAAUGUCGUCAUACAUAGAUUUUAAACUCGAAUGUUAUUUCUGUUCAUUAGAAUGUGCUGGUAGUAAAUAAUUAAACUUUACAUUUUACACACAA